CUAACUGCACCAUUUGAAUUUCAAGCCUUAAAAGACCUCCAAAUGUCUUCACGCGAUCAGACUUGGGAGAACUUGCGUUCGUGUUAUGGGGAAUCUUCUCUCUUGCCGAGUCGCCGACGUUGGCAUGGUUGUGCUCUCCGAUGGCACGGUCCGUGAGCUCAAUGGACCGACGCCGGUGGCAGAGCUGAUGCUGGAGCACCCUCGCGAGUUCGUGGUCGACCUGCAUGCGUUGACUGCGGCCAAAGGUACUAAUUACGUAACUCCGCUGCCGGCCGACCACCUGCUGGACCCUGACAAGGUGUACGUGAUGCUCCCCAUGGCCCCCAGGAAGGCUGCGGUCGGCUUGUCAGCGACGGAGGCGCGGCAGGUCCUGGCGGUAGCUAAGCAACUAGCGAAACCGGCAAGGAGUUUCUUGAGAGUGCUUGGAGGGCAACCGAAGGUGGUAGGGCCUACUAAAGAAAAGGAGAAGGUGGUGGAAGAGGAAGCGUACGCAGUCGGAGAGGUAACAGAAUGGUGCUCGGAUCAGGAGACGGAGGUUUUGAUGAGGCAGUAUUCGAGCAGAAGGUGGAAGCCAAGUCUAGACACUAUUGUGGAAAAGAGCUUGGAGAAACAGAAGGUGCCUCACUGGUUAUUUUAAGGCAGGGUAGGGUUUCCUUUCUAUAAGCGCGCAUUAUAAGCUUCGUGCGAUAUACAUAUUGUGUCCACAGGCUUAGCUAAGUUGAUAUCUAAACGAUAGACUCAUAUUAAUGGGUAAAGAUUCAAAUAGCUAGCGGUUGUGAUAAAUAAUCCUCCCACUUAAAAGAUGUUCAAUAUCUAAUUUACUUCUUUUCAUUUGACCAUGGGCCGUGAGAUCG